UUUUAUUUGUACAUGUAUACAAAUGCAGAAUAAUCAUGGACAACAACAAGAUAGUAGCGAUGAAGAAACUGAAGGACCCGGAACAACAUCAAUGGCUUCAAGCUCAACUACUGCCUUUACUAGUAUUGAAGAAGCCAGUCAACAGUACUGUCAUAGAUAUGAACAUCAAGCAGCCACAGUUAAACGACCUUUACCCAAUACUGACACCAGUAGUGAUAUCAACGCCGAAUGCGCUAACAAAAAGCAAAGGUCGAUUUCCCUACAAUACAUCGAUCCUUCGAUCUACUUGACAACAGUUCAACGGGCUCCUGCAUCACAUAAUGCUGACUGUGUAUCGCUGGAAUCAUUGAUCGGCGAUCACAACCUUGAGCUGAUGGUACAGAUAAACUAUAUGAUCGAAGUGGAUUUUGUAAUGUUCAAGAUCAACGAAAGCAUACGCAGAAGCUUACGGACGAUUAUAUAUCAUGGUAUGAGACACACCCCAGCUCAGAUAAAGGCUAUGGAGAAUGCAACAAGAAUACGAUACCCAAGGGUAACUUUACAUAAGGUACCUGUUCCUGGCAUCGGUACACAUCAUACCAAGGCAAUGCUCCUCUUCUAUCGAGAUGACACAAUGCAAGUUGUCGUACAUACAGCCAAUAUGAUUGAGCAGGACUGGAGAAAUAAGACUCAGGCCGUGUUUUCAACAGGACGCCUUCCGAGAAAGCCACAACAAGCCUCGACUUGUGCAUUUGAACGCGAUUUGAUAGAGUAUUUGCAAUACUACCAAGAUCAUCAUGAGUUCACAAGGAAGCUCUCACAGUACGACUUUUCGAGAGUUAAAGGAGUUUUGAUUGGAUCAGUCCCUGGGAAGUUUUCGGGGCCUGACAAGAACAAGUGGGGUCAUUUAAGGCUACGCUCUGUUUUGAGACAACAGGUUGAGAUCUCUCAAGGACGGUUGAAUGAUUCCGAGGUUAUCUGCCAGGUAUCAAGCGUGGGAUCAUUAGGUAAAGAGUCCCAAGACUGGCUGCAGGGAGAGUUUGAGACGAGUCUAAAUGCUCAUCGUAACGCGAAUCACAUGAAUCCUACAAAAGCAAAUCUUUGUAUAGUUUAUCCAACAGCGGAAAAUGUUCGUAUGAGUUUCGAAGGAUGGACAAUGGGGGGUAGUCUACCAUUUAGGUCUACAAGUUACAAAAAGCAGGCUCACUACUUUAAGCCACUUUUACACUCCUGGAAAGCGGUCAAGAGUGGUCGUGAACGAGCUAUGCCUCAUAUUAAAACAUUUACACGAGUGACUAGAAAGGAAAAUGACGGCGAUUAUUUAUCUUGGUUCCUCCUCACGAGCGCUAACCUUUCAAAGCCAGCUUGGGGCGAAAUGAAGUCCAAUUCUGUUUUCUCGAUUCAGAGCUAUGAACUAGGAGUCUUAGUCUUUCCUGGUCUCUAUGAGGAUGUAAAUGAUGCAGGAGACCAUCAUCGUGCAUUCUUAAUGAACAAAACGUUAGAUGACCCGUAUCCUGAACCUCACUUUACCCAUUUCACUGGGGGCGAAGAGACAGGAAAAGAAAAAGGAUCUAAUGAACAAAGUCAAAUACAGCAAAAGAUCAAUGUUGUGCCAAUUCGCUUACCAUAUGAUCUACCACUGAAAAAGUAUGAUCACUCAAUAGACCAUGUUUGGCUUGCGGACAAGUACUUUCCGGGGCUGGACGACUUUGGGAACUCGCUUGGGAUGUAAAGGAAGAGACGAAGCAAUUAAUCUUCCCAUCCUUCCUAUCGACGAACAUCGACUGCUCGGAC